CCAGAGCAGAUAUACAUUUUGCUUCACUUAAACCUGCUCAGGCUUUCAGAGUUGCAGAAACAUUCUAACUUACUUGGAUUCUAACUUAAUAUUGUUAUGCCAUUCAUUUUUCUUUUUUAUAUUAAUUAAUUCAUUAUUUUUUAAAUAUGUUGUAAGUCGCUUGGGCUUGAGCAAAUAAGUCUACCUAACCUUAAAAUGGGUUUCAUUGCUGACAGGUUCCUGAGAGAUUUAAAGGUGCAGAAGGUACCAAUAGUCUUCUUCAAUUUGCAUUUCCUUGUUUACAUUUUCAGGAAUUGUCACAGCUCUCUUCUGCCUGUAUUAUUUUAUGAGGAAUCAAGUCACUAAGUUUGCUUGCAUGCUAACUUGUGUUUGGGCAAUACAGUUCAUGGCAUAAAAGCUUUUCUUUCAUUUUCGACAGACUUCUUUUUUUUCCAGCUUUUUUUUCAUAGGGAAUAAUUUUUUUGGGAACCAGGAAGUUUUCAAAUGCUAACUCUAGAAACUACAAACUUCCGGUCGACUCCCGUUUUCGUGACGUUUGUCUUAGAACAAUUUCCGGGUCAUGAACUGGAGGACAGAGGAUGUAAAUAACUGUUCGGAGAUGUACCUCAAAGUUGUCAAGUAAGCAAUGCGCUGAGCAGUUACCUACGACACUAAGGGACACACAUAUUUUGCAAUUAUCUUUAUACAACGUACAGAAUUGUAGCAGAUGGCAUUGAGCCGUUUAAGCAAGAACGGUGAAGUGUGACCUUUUCUGCGAGUCAGCUAACGGGAUCCAACUCAGCGUAACUGAGUCGCCUAUACAUUUCAGGUAUGGCAGAAGCUCACCAGGCAGUGGCCUUCCAGUUCACCAUCACUCCUGAGGGGAUCGACCUGCACCUGUCCCACCAGGCCCUCACGGAGGUCUACCUCUCUGGGAUCAGAUCCUGGAAAAAGAGGAUUAUUCGUCUUAAGAACAGUGUGAUCACUGGUGUGUACCCUGCUAGCCCCUCAUCUUGGUUGUUUGUCGUCAUAGCAAUCCUGGCCACCAUGUACACAAGCUCAGAUCCCUCCAUGGGCCUCAUCAGCAAGAUCCAGGAGCACCUUCCUGUCAGCGAGGUCCUCAGUGUCCACUGCCGGACUCUGGUGUCAGCUGUGGUGUUCAGCACCCUGCUCUGGCUCUCACUGAUCUUCACCAUGCGCUUCUGUCUGAAGCAGCUCCUCUCUUAUCACCACUGGAUGUUCGAGCAGCACGGACAGAUCUCCAACACCACCAGAGUCUGGGUGGGGUUGGUGAAGAUGUUCUCAGGCAGGCAGCCUUUACUGUACAGCUAUCAAGGCUCCUUGCCCAACCUCCCUCUACCUGCCAUUGAGAGUACAAUCAAGAGUUACCUGGAGUCUGUGCGCCCACUGAUGGACAAUACUGAAUUUGAGAGGAUGACUACUCUCGCUAACGAUUUUGAGAACGGUCUGGGGAAGAGGCUUCAAUGGUAUCUCAAACUGAAAGCACUAUGGGCUGCAAACUAUGUGAGUGACUGGUGGGAAGAAUAUAUUUACUUGAGAGGACGCAACCCCAUCAUGGUCAACAGCAACUACUAUGGCAUGGACUUCUUAUAUGUGACACCAACUCCAAUCCAGGCAGCUAGGGCUGGAAACACCAUCUAUGCCUUACUGCUCUACCGUCAGAAGCUCAACAGAGAAGAGAUUAAACCUAGUCGUGUUCCAGGCACUUUAAUACCUCUCUGUGCAGCUCAGUGUGAGAGGAUGUUCAACACCACACGUAUUCCAGGAGAGGAGACUGAUACUGUUGCCCAUUGGCAGGACAGUGAUUACGUUGCAGUGUACCACAAGGGACGCUAUUUUCGCCUCUGGGUGUAUCAGGCUGGGCGGUUGCUCUCUCCAAGAGAAAUUGAGCAUCAAAUUCAGCGUAUCCUUGAUGACUCAUCACCCCCAUUACCUGGAGAGGAGAAACUAGGAGCUUUCACAGCAGGAGACCGAAUCCCUUGGGCGCAAGCCAGGAAAGAGUUCUUCAGUUCUGGUGUGAAUAAGCGCUCUCUGGACUGCAUUGAGAAGGCGGCCUUCUUUGUGACUCUGUGUGAUGAUGAACAAGGCAUGAUGGGAGACGAUCCCGCCACCAGUCUGGACUCUUAUGCCAAGGCUCUCCUGCAUGGGAAGUGCUAUGAUCGAUGGUUUGAUAAAUCCUUCUCAGUGGUGGUCUUCAAGAAUGGAAAGAAUGGCCUGAAUGCAGAGCACUCCUGGGCUGAUGCCCCUGUGGUGGCUCACCUGUGGGAGUAUGUUCUAGCCACUGAUAGUUUCCAGCUGGGAUACAGUGAAGAGGGCCACAGUAAGGGAGAGGUGGACUCCUCUCUACCCGCGCCACAGCGCCUUAACUGGGACAUCUCUUCACAAUGUCAGGAGCGCAUCAGUCAGUCUCUUUCUGUGGCCCAGGUGCUGGCUGAUGAUGUGGACUUCCAUGUUUUCUCAUUUCGAGAUUUUGGAAAGGGAAGAAUCAAGAGGUUUCGGCUCAGUCCAGAUGCCUUCAUUCAAGUGGCCCUCCAGCUGGCCUACUACAGGGAUAGGGGGAUGUUCUGUCUGACGUAUGAGGCAUCAAUGACACGUUUGUUCCGUGAGGGGAGGACAGAGACCGUGCGUUCAUGCACCAAUGAGAGCUGUGCCUUUGUCAGAGCACUGGAGAAUGCAGAGAGUGUAGCUGUUUGUCAGCACUUGUUCCGCCAAGCUUGUGAAAAGCAUCAGUUACUCUACCGUAUGGCCAUGACUGGGUCUGGCAUUGACAGGCACCUUUUCUGCCUAUAUGUUGUCUCCAAAUACCUAGGGGAAGAAUCUCCAUUUCUUAAAGAGGUUCUACCCGAGCCCUGGCGUCUCUCCACCAGUCAAACUCCAGUUCAGCAAGUUGAACUUUUUGACUUGGUUAACCAUCCAGAGUAUAUCUCCUGUGGAGGAGGAUUUGGCCCUGUGGCAGAUGAUGGCUAUGGUGUGUCUUACAUCAUAGUUGGAGAGAACAUGAUUAACUUUCACAUCUCCAGCAAGCACUCAUGUGCUCAAACUGACUCCCAUAAGUAUGGCACACACAUCAAGAGGGCUCUGGAGGACCUGCUGCACAUAAUGUCCUCUGAUCUAAAGGAACCUCCUCGAAGCCAGAACCAAACUGGAGUGAACCAAGUCAAGGCCAAGAAAGACCUUUAGAGUACUUUUGUCAGUGAGAGAGAAGAUCCACACAACUGAAAAUGGGAGUGUAUAUAUAUAUAUAUAUAUAUUUAUAUAUAUUUACACACACACACAUUGUGUAGCAUUCCAGCUUCUAGGUCUGACAUCAUUUGAAGCAAUGCUUUGAGUCACUGUCCAGUCCACAAGGUAUGGCAUGGUGAUGGAGUUAUGGUAAAAUGAAGUUAAAGCCUUCCUUGCUAAAGAUUCAUAUGACUCUCAUUUUCUCAUUCAUGUACUUUCCCAGCACCAGAGCCACCCCCAGACUGUCACCUUUCCUCACCUUUCCUCUGCUGUGCUUGAGAGGUGGUAUUAGCAUCUUUCAUUUUCUGCUCUUCACAAAGUUUCUUCUCUCUGGUCCAAACACCUAAUCUUAGAUGUAUCUGUCUAUAACACCUUUUAAAUCAUCUUUCACACAUAUUUUUGCCCGUUUUAGUCUGUUCCAUUCAUUGGCCAGUCUCAGAUAUGUUUUUAUCUAGCAUUCCAGAGCCCCCUUCACAAGAUGAGACUAGUGUUUUCUGGGUGUUGUUUUAAAAGGCUGUCAGCAGAGGACCUUUGAUGCAUCUGUUUGUCAAACUAGAGAUUCUGAUGUUCUUAUCCACCUGCACAGUUGUGUCCUGGUUAGAUCUGGUCUGAACUGUUCUUUGAAGGAUCUUUGUAAGAUAUUAUAAGACAAUGGGCCUUUUACACCUAUAUACUCCGUUCAGAAUUUGUUAUACUAAUUUACAACGUUAGCAAUGUCUUUAUUAUAUUUCUAAUUAUACAAUAGUUAGGUCCAGUCGAAAAAUGUAUUAGUUUCUGAUUGGACGAGGCAUUCCAUGAGUGAGGAUAUGCUUGCACAACCCCACUCACACUCUUCACCGCUAGUAAUCACUCCAUGUUUGAUAUACUUUAACCGAUGAAUUGUACAACGUCAACAUUCCAUUCUUUCAAAGCGAGACCAGGAUGGCAGGCAGUGAUUUAGUAAUUGUUCCAUCUGACAGUGUUCGAGUGAGGAAAGGGAGCAAAUGGAGUAUGAGGAGUGUACACAUGAACAUGUUAGGUGAAGACAGGUGAUCAUACAAAUGAAUGUACUCAA